AUGAAGCUGUUUUCCCUCUUUGCCAGCGCAAGUGCCGCUUAUUCCUACGAAACGACCGAGCCAUAUACGACAUCGACUUCGAUUGUCAGUACUACCGAGAGAUUCACCGACUGCGGGGGCACCAUCAAACAACCAACAACCUUCUCUUCUCCCGAUUUCGGCUCCGAAAACUACCAGAAUUUCCUGAGCUGCACCUGGAACAUCUCUCUUCGCGGCGUCGCUGGAUUCUGGAUCGUGCCAAAGACUUUUGACAUUGAAUCUGUUAGUUUUUGGUGGGCAAGUUAUCCAGACUACUUGAGCACACUUCCUAAAUGCGCGUUCGACCAUGUGAAAGUGAUUGCAAACGAGGUGGAAAGCAACUUCUGCGGGAGCAACGCCGGUGACCGAACUAUUGGCGACGAAGAAAAAGGAGGUAAAGAAGGAGGAAAAUGGGUGCCUGAUCUUGUGAAUGUGAGCGAAGAAGGCUUCCCAAAAAUGUUUGUCCUUGGCAGUCAAGCAACUGUCAGCAUGUUCACCGAUUUCUCGAAUGAGAAUACAAUCGAAUUUCCUGGAAAUGAUUUUAAGGGCUUUGAGUUUGAGCUCAUUGAAGCUGAUCGACUAGAUAUUAUUGAACAUCACUUUGGCAGAAUCGCAGCUUCCCUCGCUGACGGCAAGAAAUCGGGCCGAUACGUGAAUCGAUUCCAAAAAGUCCUUGAAAAAGCUCGAGCUUCGUCCACUGGCGAAAACUGCUACGAAGAAAACGGCUUCGGAGCCUCUGACUCUUCCGAUGAUGUCCAAGUUUUCGACGAGAGCGACAUGUGCACUCUCAAUUCUCAAGUGAACGCGGCGCUCAACAGCUGGGCGAGAAACAACGCCUGCGACGGUCGAGGCAAGGUCUAUCGACAGAUCAUUCGCGCUGCUCGAAAGAUCAGAAAUUUUUACAAUUCUGUCAAUGACUGCUGA